UAUGUACAUGUUUAUGUAUUAUAUUGUAUUCAUGAUUUCACUGGAGGAAACGCCACAUUUACUGUGCAUCACAUUUCUAAAAACCAGGGUUGACAACCUGGUGCUGGAAUGCCAUCUCAGCUCUGUUUGAGGGUUUAAUUGAUUGGGAGUCUGAGGCUGAAUACUCAGAAUUUGAAUGGCAACAGAUGCUGCAAAAAAAAACCAGAGAUAUCUCCGGUCCUCCAGGAGCCCUGCUCUAAAGGAUGCAGAAAGAAGGGUUCAUUAACGUGCGCCUUCAUUAACGUCAUUAGCGGCGUCAUUAACGCGCGCGAGUUAUCCGGCACAAAUGGAGUCCUAGAAAGAUCUCUUUAACUGAUACGCUCCGUAACUAUCUCGAAGAUUGUAGAGCUGCUGACGGCGAUUCUGCUGCCAAAACAGCAGUCAUGCGGCACGGUGGCUCUCCCCCUGAAUAAUUGCUUAAUGCGGUGAAAUGGGAGCGCAUCAUCGGUGUGAACGCAAGUCUUUCUCCAGCGGUUCAAAACCACCGUCUGGAGUCACUCUGCUGGGAUCAACACUUAACCACAAACAAGGACGGUUAGAUGAUGAUGUCACUAGUCUUUGCAAGUUUCUGCCCGUUUCAUCACUCGGGAGUAACGGGAAUGUGGAAAGCGGAAAUUAACAAGGAAGAGAAGCCAUCGAGCCAGAAAAUGUUUACCCGUGAUUCUGACAGCUGACUCCAUUUCAAGGUCUCUGCUAAAUGCCCUGAUUGUUUAGCUGGCUGAAAGUCAGAUACUGAGGGAAUCUCCAACAGACUGCACCCCUCCAUCCUCUGGUCCUGCCCUGUAAGGUUCCUGCACAUGCUCCAGAUGGCAUAAAAACAGGAGUGUUUUGGACCCUCCCCUCCUGCCCCUGCCUUUCCUGCUCUGUCUGUCUGCGCUGGUCGGCAUCGUCUGAGGAUGUGGCUGUUACUGGGUGUCCUUCUGGUCCUCGCUGUGGUGUUCUUAGUACAACAGUACAGCCGCAGACCCAAAAUCUUCUCACUGGAGUCACUGCGGCCACCUGGGCCUCUGGUGCUGGACAAGAAACAGCGGGACAAGGUGUUGAAACAAGGUUUCCAGGCGGGCCGCGUGCCGGACAGACUGGACGCUGUUGUCAUCGGCAGCGGCAUCGGCGGGCUGACGGCGGCGGCGGUUCUGGCCAGGGCCGGGAAACGGGUUCUGGUUCUGGAGCAGCACGACCAGGCCGGCGGCUGCUGCCACACCUUUGAGAAGCAGGGCUUCGAGUUCGACGUUGGGAUCCACUACCUGGGGCAGCUGCAUGAGAACAGCAUGCUGAGGGUGGCCCUGGACCAGAUCAGCGAGGGCCAGCUGGACUUCGUGGAGCUGGAGCAGCACUUUGACACCGUGGUCAUCGGGGAAGGGGAAGAGCGCCGGGACUACCUCAUCCACGCCGGCAAAGCCGAGAUGGGGCGGAGCCUGAGACGACAGUUCCCCGAUGACACGGAGGCCGUGGACCAGCUCAUGAAGCUCGUGAAGGUUGCAGCUCGUCACGUCGCCCUUCUGGCCGUUCUCAAGAUGAUGCCGGUGACGCUGGUCCGCUUCCUGAUCCGGACGGGCAUCCUGGGCUGGGUCUCGCCCAUAUUUCGCCUGGCCACCACCAGCCACACCCACCUGAUGGACAGCCUCACUCAGAACAAGGACCUGUGUGCUCUGUCUGCCUACCUUUUCUAUGGAGUACCCCCUAAAAACUCAAGUUUCCUCAUCAAUGCUCUGCUGCUACACCACUACAAGCGAGGGGCCUACUACCCACGUGGGGGGGCCAGCGAGUUCGCCUUCAACAUCAUCCCGGUCAUCCAGAAGACAGGGGGCGCUGUGCUUGUGAGAGCUCCAGUGCAGCGCAUCCUUGUGAACCAGGAGGGUGUGGCAUAUGGAGUAACGGUGCGAAAAGGUCAGGAGGAAAUAGAGGUUCUGGCCCCAGUAGUCAUCUCCAACGCUGGUAUGUUCAACACCUUUGACAAGUUCCUGUCUGCGGAUAUCCGAGUCAAACCAGAAAUACAGUCCCAUCUUAGCUUGGUACAGCACGGGAUGGGUUCCUUCCUGGUGUUUGUGGGUCUUGAUGGAACAAUGGAAGAGCUGGGAAUAGUCUCCACCAACUUCUGGAUGUAUAAACACAAUGACCUGGACCAGCUGAUGGAGAAAUACGCCUCCCUGAGCCAGGAGGAAGUGGCCAAGAACAUUCCGAUGAUGUUCAUCACGUUCCCCUCCGCUAAGGACCCCACGGCCAGCGUCAGGCACCCCGGGAAGUCUUGCAUGACCCUGCUCACCAUGGCCAAGUACGAGUGGUUUGAGGAGUGGAAAGACACCAAGAUGAGCAGGAGGGGGCCAGACUACGAGGACCUCAAAAUGAGCAUCGCCAGGUCGCUGCUAGACUGGGCCCUGACCAUGUUUCCCCAGCUCAGGGACAAGGUUGUGUUCAUGGAGGCUGCCACCCCUCUCACUAACAUGCAUUACCUGGGCGCUUCACGCGGGGAGAUGUACGGAGCUGAACACAAUCUCGACCGCUUCGCACCAGAGGCUGUGGCCAGAAUCCGGGCCCAAACACCAAUCAAAAACCUCUACCUCACAGGCCAGGACGUGUUUUGUAACGGGAUGGCGGGGGCUCUGCAUGGGGGUCUCCUGUGUGCUUCAGCGGUCCUGAACCACAACGUCUACAUCGACCUGCUGGCCCUGAAGAAGAAGCUCAAAUGGCGGAAGGCCCAGAAGCAAGCCUGA